CGUGUACCAUGUGAAAGGAAGAAACGAACGGAGUAACUUCAACAUUCUUCCACCGAGAAAGCAGAGAGAAAAGUUUUUAACCGAGGGACAGCCGGGGGAAGGAGAGAAGUUGGCGAAUUCGCUCCAGAGGCCUGCGUGCCAUGCCAGAGGGGUCUCAUUCUGCUCUCCACCAGGGCCCAAUGGGGGAAGAAUCUCCUCAGCUGUCCUCAUCCCUCCCCACCAGUGAACAUGUCCAGGAAAGCGUCGAUUUGGGCCCCGACUGUUACGGCCAGGUUUGUGUGGAGCCACUGGACGGAGAGGGUGACCGUCCAGUGAGCCUGGUGUCCACCCUGUCCUCCGGUUCAUCCCGUGAUAGUCGCAGCCUGUUUGGGAGCACAGUGGCCCUUCCUUCCUCCACCACACCACCCAUACCGAGCGAGGAGGACAUCGACUUGGAACUGAGCCCGGCAGAAAGCACCAGAGAGCAGGCCGGGAGCCAGAGUCCCACCCUGGCAGGUUCCAGAGGCCGCUGGCAGGAACAGCUGGAGCCCAGGGUGAUCAGCAACCAGUGGAACAACAACAACGCCACCGCCAACAGGAAGGCUAUUGGCGAAAUACCUCACAUCCCCGCCUCACCUGUCGUCACGGGCACCAUGGCGCCCAACCCAAAGUUGACCUAUGUGGACCGUGUUGUCAUGGAGAUCAUCGAGACAGAGCGCAUGUACGUCAAGGACCUGCGCAGCAUCGUGGAGGACUACUUGGCACACAUCAUCGACAUGUCCAACCUUCCCAUACGGCCGGAGCAAGUGUGCUCUCUGUUUGGAAACAUAGAGGACAUCUAUGAGUUUAACAGUGAAUUGCUGCAGUCCUUGGACAUGUGUGAGAAUGACCCUGUGGCUAUUGCUCAAUGCUUUGUAAAUAAGAGCGAAUACUUUGAAAUCUACACCCAGUAUUGCACCAACUAUCCCAACUCAGUGGCAGCCCUGACAGAUUGCAUGAGGAGUAAAACUUUAGCCAAGUUCUUCAGGGAUCGGCAGGCGACACUGAAGCGCUCCCUCCCUUUGGGCUCCUACCUGCUGAAGCCAGUUCAGAGGAUCCUGAAGUAUCACCUGCUGCUUCAGGAAAUCGCAAAGCACUUUGACCCGGAUGAGGAGGGCUAUGAGGUGAUUCAGGAGGCCAUAGACACCAUGACAGGAGUGGCCUGGUACAUCAACGACAUGAAGAGGAAGCAUGAACAUGCUGUCAGAGUGCAGGAGAUACAGUCACUUCUGAUCAACUGGAAGGGCUCUGACCUGACCACCUAUGGAGAGCUGGUGCUAGAGGGCACCUUUCAUGUGCUGAGGGCCAAGAACACCCGCACACUCUUCCUCUUUGAAAAGAUGCUCCUCAUUACCAAGAAAAGAGGGGAACAUUAUGUCUACAAGAUCCAUAUCUCGUGCUCCACCUUAAUGCUACUCGACAGCGCCAAAGAUCCCCUGCUCUUCAGUGUUAUCCAUUUCAAGCGUCCCAAACAACCCCAUACAGUGCAGGCCAAGUCUGUUGAAGAGAAGCGUCUCUGGGCUCAUCACAUUAAGAGGCUCAUUCUUGAGAAUCACAAUGCCAUCGUCCCACAGAAGGCAAAAGAAGCUAGCCUUGACAAUUCAAACUAUCCAGGGAAGUACCAGUAUAGUCCUGAGAGGCUAAAGAAAGCAGAGUCCUGCCAGGCUGACGACUUCCUUCUUGUAGGACGAAAUGGGAGGAGGAGAUCAGAGCCGGCUAAACAAAUCACAAGGAGCACAAAAGCUGUUUUGAAGCAUGCAGACAGUGAGGGUGCACUGCUGGGGGAUAGGCGCUCCCUUCAGCCAGCCACUAGUGUCAGUACGCUGACCUCCAGUCUGUGCGAGCCCCAGGCUGGGAGGCCGUGUGUGGAGGAUCUAAUUCCCCGAAGGGACUCUGUGGAGCAGCUAAAUCCUACUGACAGUGACCCGAAACUGGGCUCUUCCCCCAGUGAGGGAGGGCUGGAGCAGGAGAAGGCAGAGGAGGAGGAGGAGGAGGAGGAGGAAGAGGGGGAGAGUUACAAGGAAGAUAUACUGAUGGGAGACGACCAGGUAGCCGACUUUGCCAGCUCAGUGCUGGCAGCCAUCUCCUGCUGGCACUAUAGAGCCAGGGCUUUGCUUUCUACUCACUUCACAACGGAUGAUCAGAGCAAAGAUGCUCCUGAAACGACAACUACACCAAAAGAGGAGGCAGAAAUUUGCAGGCAGGAAGAAAAGCAUGUGGAUAUGGCUGUGAGAGAAACUCCCAGCACACAGGUCAGUGUGCAGGAGCUGUGCCCUCUAGACUGUGUCCCUCAUGCACAGAAGAGCAAUCAGCUGGAGGUGGAUUAUUCUCAAUGCCCUGAGUCUCCUGUGACCCACUACGAACAAGAAACUGAGACCCCAGAACCUCAAGAUACCUCGAGAGAAACUGGAGAGGAAGAAGAAGGAGGGAGUGAUUCGUCUGGUCUCCAAGUGGAGGAGACGAGCGUUCUGACAAACGGGGAGCUGUCAGAGGAGGAAGAGGAGGUGCUUUCAAAUAGUAAGAGCAUCUUACCGUCCUCCGUGUUGGACCAGGCGAGUGUGAUAGCUGAACACUUCAUCAGCAGCCUGUCCAGACGAAGCAGUCUGGUUUCAGAGGACCUGGGUUCCCUCGCCUGCCCCUCACCGUCAGUAGAUAAUGACGCCUUCCAAAGUCCUUCAGCCUGCAUGGACUUGGAGAAAGAGACCCAGAUGUUGGGCAGCUCUUCACCGAAGCCACAAGCAACUUCAGAAGUUAGUCUCUCAAUGCCUGUGCAUGAACCUGCACUGAACACUGUCUUGGAAGGGGAACGCAAGUCCACGCUCUCUAAACAGGAUCGCCUCCUCAUCCAUAAAAUCAGACGAUACUACGAGUACGCUGAGCACCAAGAUGCUAACUUCAGCAUCAAACGCAGGGAAAGUCUGUCGUAUAUUCCAGCAGGUCUGGUUAGGCACCUGAGUCGACAGCUUAACAAUGUUCCUCAGGAGAGGGCCGUCCCAGUCCACAGGAAAGGCCUCUCUAGGAACAGGCCAACUUCUUGGUCUGUCUUUGACCUUCCUGGACUGGAUAAGAGUCGGAACACUGAAACUUGCCAAAAAACAGAACCACAGCGAUCAGUCGCAGUAAAGGCUCGAUGUCACAGCAUCGCAGAUGCUUCUACAGCAGAAGAAGAGUUCAGACCCUCCUCUGACAUGCUCAAAGUUUGGCAAGACAUGGAAAACGAAGAAGAGAGCAAGGAAGUCCAUCAGAUUGCAGAGGAGAACAUUAGUGACUCCAGAUUAGAAGUGACGCAGGAUAUCAGUUCAGACAGUUUAGAUAUUCGAACCAGUAGGCAACCAGCUCAGAUUUUAGAAGAGUCUGAACUAAGCACUGCCUCAGAUAGCUCCCACAUGUCAUCACCUACCGCAGCGUCCCAAGCUGUGGAGGGAGGAUCUGGUCAGGACUGUAAGCCAUGUAGGACCCACAGGCUUCAAGACAACCAGAGCCAUCUACCAAAGAUCAUCAGCUUCAGAACAAGCAUGGAUGAGGACCAGAUCCUACAAGACAUGGGAAAGAUGAAAAACAAGGUGUUCCAGCUGGCUCGUCAGUACAGUCAGCGCAUUAAAAACAACAGACCUAUGGUCUGGCAGAGGAACCGAGAAACUGCAAAUCAUCAAGGCUUCAAGAGCUUGCCUGCUGUCCACGAGGAGAAGGUGCAGAUAAAGAAAAGGGGUAAACCCAACCUGAGAUUGCCUUUGAACGCUUGCGAUCAGGCGGUUAUCCAAGAAGUGUGUUCUCCAAGUCCAGUCCAGACCCCCAGCUCAGGAGCCAGCUCCCAGAGCACUAUUACCUGCCCACAAAGCCCACAGUCGGAGAUCUUCCACUGGCCUGAUGUUCAGGAGCUACGCACCAAAUACACAGAGACCCCUCAUGCCUCAAAAGUAACCCGUAGCUGCACAGUCCCAAAUGGGAUGUUGGAGUCCUGUAUGAACAGGUGUAAUGGCUGCUCACACAAAUACCACAGCUCCUCAGACCUUCACAAAGCUCUGACGGACUGUCCAGCACAACAGUCUGAAACACUACACAAGGAGAAGUGUCCAGGGGUAGAGGACUGGCCUCAGCACCAGACACAGCUCCAUCCCCUGCUGUGCAGGUGGAGCUCCUUGGACCACAUGUUGGGGUCUCUACCCCUCCAUGAAGUGCAAAACCUUCAGGAACCUGUGAGGACCUGCUUUGCAGUCGGCAGCCUCCAAGAAGGGGACGGCCUCCUCCAGGAGGGUCUGGACAGUUCAGCAAAGUCUGCUGUCCUGAGUUCAGGGAAGACUUCAGACAGUAAACUUGUAAAAAACUUACGGGAGAAGUUCCAGAGCUUAAGCACAAGCUCAUGAACACAUGACUUAUGUAUGUUUUUAUUAUCAGGAACUAUCACAUGGAAGCAUUAUCUGACUGUUAUCUUGUCAAAAUCUAUUUUUCCUGUUUUCUCUCUCAGAAGAAUGCAACUUGUCUGUAUAAUGUUUUCAGUAUGGGGGACGAUUAGUGAGGAUGUAUGUAUCAGUGUAACAUAAAAGGGAUAUUAUUGGUUAUGUGUAAGGCCAUGAGAGAAAAGCGUAUUGCCUUUAAAGUGGUGUAUUGCAAUAUUUAUACACUGGGUAUUUGUCUGCACAGUACAAAGUUUAUGUUUAAAUAUGUAUAUAGUCCCCUGUAUCAAAUGAAAAUGAAGUUCUACUUUAUUAUUAUUAUAUCCAUGUUUCUGAUUCUCACCCACAGGUGGGGAUUUUUGCUCUCGCCACUCGAGCACUGUUAUCAUGACCACGUAAACCGUCAGCUCAGACUGUCAUGAGAAAGCAAACAGGAGCUGAAGUGUUGCUGCCAAGAGCUCUGCUGUUAGCAAAGACUCUGAUUCACCAAAGAAGGUUUCCUUUUGACAUUUGUUUUAAUACAUGUGGUCACAGCAAUAAUUUGCCUCCAUGUUUACUGUAGCUGCUUGUAAAACUUAUUACACAUCACUGGAGCUUUAUUUUUCUCAGUAAGUUGUAUAUUUUCUCGAGCGUUAUUUAUGGAACUGUAUAUUUGGGGAAGAUUGGCCUUGUGUAAAUACUUGACUAAUAGCAACAACUUUUUACUUUUCCAUUCCAGAAAACACAUUGUUUCAUACUUGCAGUUUCCCCUAUUUUCAAUAAAAAAAAAUAGAAAUGGUGAGUUU